AUGUCAGAAACAUUGACAGAACCACCACCAGCAGGCGACGACGAGGACGUCUUCUUCCACUCCGGCACCACGCCCACCUACCGCAAAGUCACCAAAACCCCCGGCGCCUUCACCACCAUCCCAACCAUCGACAUCUCCGCCCUGACCUCGCCCACCCCCUCCCUCUCCUCCCGCCAACAAAUCGCCGCCCAAAUCUACUCCGCGUGCAGCAUGACCGCCCACGUGCACAAGAACCCCGCCAUCCGCGGCUUCGAGCCCAUGUUCGAAACGCGCCUCGACCCGCGCACGCGCGGCGACACCAAGGAAGCGUUUACCAUGGGCGACUGCCCGCUCGAGCCUGAGCAAGGCUACAUUUCCAAGAUUUUCGCGCUGGCGUUUGGUCUGGAGGAGACGGCGUUUGCCGGCCUUUUUUCACGUUUUCUCAUCUGGGGGAUGCGCGCGCGCUUGCAUUACCCGCCUUUAACCCCCCCGCCGACUGAGGGAGACGCCGAGGGCAUAAGUCUCGGCGCGCAUUCCGACUUCAGUUGGUUGACGUUGGUGUUGCAAGACUCGGUCGCCGCGCUCGAGAUCCUGAAUAAAGACGGCGUGUGGAUCGACGCGCCGCCCGCGCCGGGCACGUUCGUGUGCAACGUGGGCCAGUACCUCGAGCGGCAGACGGCGGGGCGGUUCGUGGCGACGGUGCAUCGGGUGCGGAAUAAGACGGGGGCGGGGCGGUAUUCGUUGCCGUUUUUCUUGACGCCUGGCCCCGGGGCGCGGUUGGGGGUGUUGGAGUGUUGUGUAGAGGAGGGGGAGGAGAGGGGGGAGGCAGUGGAUGUUGGGGGGUUGUAUAUUAGGAGGGUGUUGCCGGCGAGGCCGAAGCAUCUGACUAGUAUUAAGUAUCGGGAUGUCCCGGAGAAGGAGUGGCGGUAUGAGUGUUUGUAUGGGUAGGGGAGAGGUGGUGGAGCUUAGAAGAGGGUUGUGGUUAGAGUAUGAAAGUACUUCUGAAUGGUCAACUUCGAUUUGUCCUAGAAAGGAGAAUAUUGAUCUAGUACUGCUUUUCUUUUACUUAUAACUGCCGCAUUCGGCCAUCAGACCAACAAUCUCUUCACUGUGGGAAUGUAGGUCGCAUGCGAUUCGUACACUACUGUUAGCCGUAAUCUCUUAGACUACCUAGA